UAGGUCGCGGUGGCGGGUCAGCGGCGAUGGCUGUCCCCUUCGAUCGUGGUGGCGGGUUGUCGCGCUCUCUCGGUCGUGCUGUCGGUUUACCACCGCCGCCUCGCUCUCUCGGCCGCGGUGGCGGGCCAGCAUCGCCAGCAACCCGUCCACCCACCAUGGAUGGUUUCAACGGAGGUGGCUUCCCCAAUUUUUCAGGUGGAUUCCUAUUCCCUUCACCUCUGGAUGGAUCUUGCGGAGGUGGCUUCUCCAUAUCUUCAUCUUUGUUGGAUGCGGCCGGCGGUGAAGCCUCUUCUCCUGGAUCAUGGAACAAUGGUGGUUUCAUGAGCUACUUCAGUAAUCAGCCACAUAAUUCUCAUUUGGUUGGGGCAAUAAAUCAGGCACACAACAAUGAUGGUAGUUCACCACCCGAAGUGGAAGUCUUAUUGGGGAAUGAGAAUAAGCAUGAGAAUGAGAAUGAGAAUGAGAAUCAUAAUGUAAUAGCUGAGAAGAGGACUGAGAAGAGGAUCAUGUGGAAUGUGGAUGAGGAUGGUAGACUGAUGAGCGCUUGGAUAGAACAUUCAACCGACUCAACCUGUGGAGCGGAUAAGGGUGGUGGCCAAUAUUGGGGUGAGGUUGUCGAAACGUACAACAAGACUACCCCUCCACUUCGAAGAAGAAGUGCGAAGCAAUGCAAGGAUAGAUGGCACAAGAUUAACAAGUUGACAGACCUCUUUGAAUGUGCUUACGUAAAGGCUCGUAGAGUAUUUACAAGUGGAUAUUCAAAUGAACAGUGGAUUGAUGCAGCACACAAGUUCUAUUUGAAUGACAACAAAGAUAACAAAGAUGUUGUUGGACCCUUUAUGCUGACGGAGGUUUGGAAAAUUUGUCGAGAUGUGCCAAAGUGGAAAACAUACAAUGAAAACUUGAAGAAUGCACGCAAAAGGAAAUCAUUUCACCUGGAAGGAGACUCUGAGGAAAAUGAGGACACUUGUGAUGAGACGCCAAAGCGACCAAUGGGUCAGAAGGCAGCUAAAAUGGCAGCUAUAGUAGCUAAAAAUGGCAAGGGCUCCAGCAGUAGUGAUGAUGGUCACUCAAAGGAGUCUCCUAUUGAGCUAGAUAAAUUUGAUAGGUAUAGCAAAUUCCAGGAGACAAACAAUGAGAAGCACAUGAAGCUAUUGGACAGACAGGAGAAGAUAGCUUCUGAUAAGCUAGAGGCCACAAGAAUUGCUCAACUGACAGCACAAGAUUACAAAGAAGGGAAGAAGCUUGAGAAAGAGACAAAGAUGAUGGAGACUUAUAACAACCUCGCCUUACAAGAUACAAGUUCAAUGUCUGAUGAGGAAAAGGCGCAGCGAGUUAGUAUGAUGAAGAAGCUUGAGAAUGCCCUUUUCCCUGAAACUGAUUGAUCAGCUACCAUCAAGAUGCCAUUUUCAGGACUGAUCAUGCAUCGAGGUGAACCUGUGCUGCAUAUAUUUGCAUCAUAGCUGUUGGUGGUUGUGAACCUGUGCUGGUUGUGAACCUGUAUUUGCAUCAUAGCUGUUGGUGGUUGUGAACCUGUGCUGGGUGUGAACCUGUGCUGGUGUGAACCUGUAUUUGCCUUGAGCAUGUCUGUAGUUAUCAAUGUGGAGCACUUUUGUCA